AAGAAACCUAAAUGGCUAAAUUGGCUUCUCCAUCUCAAACGCAACAGCCGCUCAUCCUGCCCUGCGCACAUCAACUACUGUGAGGGAAGAGGGAGCUUCACAUCAACUCUAAUCGAAUUCCUCCAGCUCCAACAGCCACCUCUUCCGCAUCUUAUUCGUCCUCCUCCGGCGCUGCAGGACGCUUCACCUGCUGAAGGACUCGUCUCCACCACGGCUACAAGACUCGUCUCUUCUCUGCCAUUGUAGUACCCUAGAAACCUCUCCUUUGCUCGGCCGCCAUCUCCCUCUCCCUCCAGCAGCCCCGCCACCGCCUUCUCCGUCCAGACCACCACCCCAUCAUCUUCCUCUCAUCCCGGCGACGCCAUCAUCUUUUCUUCCUCGCCAGCCCCGCGCCGCCAUCAUCAAGCGAGAAGCUCCGGCUGAAUCUUGCCCUGCUUCUAGGUAAAAUCGCGCUUUUGACUGCAUUGCUUUAGGCCCAGUAGAGAGGUUUCGCUCCUCUGGAAACUGCAAUCUGCUUCACGCCUGCGCGCUUUCUCAUCGCUUUCCUCCGCCAGAAUCGCCAUGGCUGCGCCCGGAGGGCAUCCUAAAGAUGAAGCGUACCUUGGUGCAGUGAUUCCCAAGCGCAUCCAGCGCUUCCAAGCGAUCCAGUCGCAGCAGAAGUCCCAUCUCGAUUCCCUCCCUCAUGACCCUAUCAGGGUUACUUUGCCGGAUGGAACAGUGAAGGAAGGCAAGAGAUGGUCAUCCAGUCCGCUGGACAUUGCAAAGGAGAUUUCCAAGAGUUUGGCAUCUAAUGCGCUGAUCUCUCAAGUUAAUGGAGUAUUGUGGGAUAUGAAGAGGCCAUUGGAAGGCGAUUGCGAGUUGAAAUUGUUUACUUUCGAUAGUGAUGAAGGGCGUGAUACUUUUUGGCACUCUAGCGCUCACAUUCUUGGCGAGUCACUGGAACAAACAUAUGGUUGCAAGCUUUGCAUUGGACCUUGUACCACCAGAGGGGAGGGAUUCUACUAUGAUGCGUUCUAUGGGGAAUUAGGUUUAAAUGAUGAACACUUCAAGCAAAUUGAAGCUGCAGCCUCAAAAGCUGUCAAGGAAGGACAAGAUUUUGAGCGCAUUGAAGUUACCAGGGAUGAGGCCCUUGAGAUUUUCUCUGAUAACAACUUUAAGGUUGAAAUCAUAAAUGACCUGCCUUCAGACAAAACUAUUACAGUGUACAGAUGUGGUCCGCUGGUGGAUCUGUGCCGUGGUCCCCAUAUCCCAAACACAUCCUUUGUAAAGGCAUUUGCAUGCUUGAAGGCUUCUUCUGCCUACUGGAGGGGGAACAAAGACCGUGAAAGUUUGCAGAGGGUCUAUGGAAUAUCAUACCCUGACCAGAAGCGUCUGAAGGAGUAUCUUAAAAACCUGGAAGAAGCAAAGAAGUAUGACCACAGAUUGUUGGGGACAAAGCAGGAACUUUUCUUUUGUCAUCCAUUGAGCCCUGGAAGUUGGUUCUUCCUUCCUCAUGGGACACGGAUUUACAACAAACUAAUGGGGUUCAUAAAAUCUCAGUAUAUCCAGAGGGGUUAUGAGGAGGUCAAAACACCAAAUAUGUAUAACAUGAGACUCUGGGAGACAUCUGGGCAUGCUGCAAAUUACAGGGAUAACAUGUUUCUUCUUAAUAUUGAAAAGCAAGAAUUUGGGCUGAAACCUAUGAAUUGUCCCGGGCAUUGUUUGAUGUUCCAGUAUAGAGUUCGAUCUUACAGAGAACUGCCUAUCCGUAUGGCGGAUUUUGGUGCCCUGCAUCGCAACGAGGCUAGUGGUGCACUCACAGGGUUGACUCGCGUCCGAAGGUUUCAACAGGAUGAUGCUCAUAUCUUCUGCAGAGAGGACCAGAUAAAAGAUGAAGUGAGAGGUGUCCUGGACUUCAUUGAUUAUGCAUAUAAAAUAUUUGGAUUCACUUAUGAGCUGAAGCUAUCUACGAGACCAGAGCAAUUUCUAGGGGAGGUAGAAACAUGGGAUAAAGCUGAGGCUGCUCUGACAGAAGCAUUGAAUGAAUUUGGGAAGGCGUGGCAGAUAAAUGAAGGCGAUGGUGCUUUUUAUGGUCCUAAGAUAGAUAUUAGUGUAUCUGAUGCAUUGAACAGGAAAUUCCAGUGUGCCACAUUACAGCUUGACUUCCAGCUUCCAGAUCGUUUCAAGUUGGAGUUCUCUGCUGAGGAUGAAACCAAGUUAGAAAGGCCAGUUAUGAUACAUAGAGCAAUCCUGGGAUCUGUGGAACGUAUGUUUGCUAUACUAUUGGAGCAUUACAAGGGGAAGUGGCCUUUCUGGCUUAGCCCUCGUCAAGCAAUUGUCUGUCCCGUGUCUGCCAAAUCGGUGGACUACGCAAAACAAGUACGAGAUAGGAUUCAUCAAGCUGGAUAUUAUGCGGAUGCUGAUAUAACAGACAGGAAGAUCCAGAAAAAGGUAAGAGAAGCCCAACUAGCACAGUACAACUACAUAUUAGUUGUCGGCGAAGAGGAAGCCAACACAGGCCAGGUGAGUGUGCGGGUCAGAGACAUUGCAGAUCAUUCGGUGAUGAGCAUAGAGAGCUUGCUCCAACACUUUGCCGACGAAACUGCUGCAUUCCAUUAGCAGCUUGACUCCAAAGACCGGCAAACAUAUGUUGUUAGAGAUUGACUUGCUUCAAAUUAUUGUGCCUUGUUAGGUCAUUUGCCAUUGUAUUGUUUGUCCUGUUUUUGUUAGUUUAGCAACGAACAAGAGGGUUGCUUGGGUGAGUGAAGAAACAAAUGAUACAGGGAAGUUUCUUGAUUGGUUUCAUUUGAGGCUUUAGUUCUCACUUUUCGCCCUGAUUGUCCACUACUAAUUUGGAGAUUUCAAUAUAUGGAGUAAAAAUUAAAAUUAGUUUUGCUGAACUUUUCA